AUGGUGAGCCACAAAUGCAACACUCGGGGAGCAUCCAAAAACCGACUGUCGUCAUCAGACAGUGUGAUCAAAUCCGAGCUCACUUCACGGGACGGCUCAGUUGAGUUGGGAGAACCUCCUGUUACUCUGCCUACAGUAGGAACCAACUUGACAGACCUGGCUCUGAAAAGAAAAAGGGUGACAGUGAGAGAGCUGGGAGGCUGCAUGGGCCCCAUCUGGUCAAGUUACUUCAGUGACUGCGCCUCUGUCAUUUUCAUGGUGGACUCGGCCAAUAUCUGCCAGAUAUCCUCCUCCUGUAUACAGCUCCUCUCGGUUCUGUCCGCCGAGCCUCUGCGUGCUGCCUCUGUUCUUGUUCUCUUCAACAAAAGAGAUCUCCCUUGCACUAUGAGUCUGGAAGAGAUAAAGUCACUGUUCAGAAUGGAUGACAUCAUUGCAUCUGCCACUCAGCCAAUCACAACGCUGGAACUCAGCGCACACUCUGGUCAAGGACUUCAGGAGGUGCUGAGCUGGCUGGACUCAGCUAUGACUAAGUGACCACAUAUUAUCCUUUUAUUCAUAUUGAUGUCACAUAACUGCUACAGGAGCUGGGGUGAUGUAAAUUAACCUGUUGGCAAGAGGUGUUAUAUCCCCACCCCAACACAAAAAGACGAUUUUCGGUUUUAUCAGAGGUGUUGGUUUUUUUAGGUUGGUCAACUAUUGAAAUCCCAUUUAAUGCUCUGAAUAAUGAAGAGCCAGCAGUGUUGUAUGACUUAAACGAUAAUUUCAUUCUUUUACAACUUGGGCCUUAUUUUCGUAGCUUUUGCCAUCAUGCACAUUAGUUAUAUUUUACUCAACAGGUUCAUUGUGGAGAUUUUGUACAAGGGACCACCACUGGCCACAGCUUUACAGCGGCGUCUCGUGGAGCAAUCAAACACGAGAGUCAGACACAUUUCAGCAAAUUUAACCCAAUUCUCUAAGCCACUUUUUUGGAAAUGAUAGCGAAAGUUCUAGUUAAAAGUUAUUACCCGAAAUGUCCAAUAUUAUCAAUGGUUGAUUGCCUUCCUGGUUCAACUUGCAGGAGUGACCAACCUUAUAUUUACCAUAGGUUGUAGUAACCAUUGACAAACUACCUGGCCAGGGCAAUUAAGAAGUAAUAGAUAAUGGGAAAUAAUGUAGUCAAACUGAGGCACUAGGGUUUUUUUUUUUUGGUCCUGUUCAUGUUCAUUUGCCCUGUAAAAUGAACAUGGACAACAGGACCAAACAGGACCGUUGUAAAGCUGUGUAGAGCAGUAGUACCCUGUCUCUAAAAUGAAGCUGGAAAGUAAAAUUAUAUCCUAAAUGAUAUACCCAAUGGCAAAAGCUACAAAAAUAAAACCAAUGUUGUAAAACACAGAAUUAAUCUUUAAAAUCGAAAAUAAAUUAUGAAUUUGCCACCAGAUGAAUUUGGUGACUAAGGGCUGAGGAAGAGCAGCAGUAAGUCUCAUGUGCUCUUCAAAGGAGACUGGAUGAUUGUAUAGACAACUCUUUGGACAUUAAUUGUUCAUGGACAUAUGAUAAAUUUUUCAUUUAUAUUUGUCAUUUCUAUUUUUACUUAUUUAAAACAAAAAUGUUGGGUGCUGCAGCACCGUGAUGCAAUGGUUAGCGGAGUCGCCUCACAGCAUAAAGGUCCUGGGUUCGAACCCCGGGGUUGUCCAACCUUGGGGGUCAUCCCAGGUUGUCCUUUGUGUGGACUUUGCAUGUUCUCCGUGUCUGCAUGAGUUUCCUCCAGAUGCUCUGGUUUCCUCCCACAGUCCAAAGAGAUGUAGGUCAGGUGAAGAAUGUGUCAGCCCUGUGAUGGACUGGCGGCCAGUCCAGGGUGUCUCCCUGCCUGCCGCCCAGUGACUGCUGGGAUAGGCUCCAGCAUCCCGCGACCCAAAUCCGGAUAAGCGGCUUGGAUAAUGGAUGGAUGGAUGGAUGUUGGGUGCUAUGUAUUUCAAAAGUAUAAGGCGUCUGGGUGGCGUGGCAGUCUAUUCCGUUGCCUACCAACACGGGGAUCGCCGGUUCGAAUCCCCAUGUUGCCUCUGGCUUGGUCAGGCUGUGGGUAUGUGUCCUGGUCGCUCCACUAGCGCCUCCUCUGGUCAGCCGGGGCGCCUGUUCAGGGGGGAGGUGGAACUGGGGGGAAUAGCGUGAACCUCCCACGCGCUACAUCCCCCCUGGCAAAACUCCUCACUGUCAGGUGAAAAGAAGCGGCUGGUGCCUCUACAUGUAUCAGAGGAGGCAUAUGGUAGUUUGCAGCCCUCCCCGGAUCAGCAGCGGGGGUGGACCAGUGACCGGGGCGGCUUGGAAGAGUGGGGUAAUUGGUCAAAUUCAAUUGGGGAGAAAAAGGGGGAAAGGAAAAUUUUAUAUAUAUAAUAGCUCAAAGUUGUUAAAUGUAUAUUUUUUAUAUAUUUUUUUUAUAAUUUCACUUUUUCACUGCCAAUCAGCAUUUGAAUAAAUGAAAGAGCACAAGUAAUCAUCAGAAUGGGACAGUGUCAAAGUAACUGAUUAAUGACCUGCAGAGGGCAUAAGACACAUUAAUGAUAAAAAAAAAUAAAAUAAAAAAAUCUUUUAUCCAUGAAACCCAGGCAAACUAUCAAUAACCCAUGAUUUUCUGAUGAAAGUGUUGGUGAUUCGAAAGCAACUGAGGAAGUUCAUCACAAGAAAAAAAAGCCAACUGAAUGAUUACAAAGUGUUGUAAUUAAACCCUUAUAUUUCAUGAGUCAGUGGUUUGCAAGCAAUGAACAAUUUAAAAAAAAAUCACGAUUCCAUUCAUUUUCAAAUGUCUUGCUUAUUGGGAAUUCCGAUAUAAUCAUGGCCCCCUAAUUUAACCAUUAUUUUAACCAACAACUCAUUCCUCUAUAAUAAAAUCAUUCUGUACCCUU